GAUUCUUUAAAUAUGCCAAAACGAUGUUUUAAAAAGAAUUGCAGUAUUCUUCAAACCUUUUUGAUACCCCCAAAGGUAGUCGGGGUUCUUCGUGAACUCCUUGCAGAGCCUUCACCAAUCAAAACGUUUGUCAAAGUUUUCCAAUAUGGCGCCUUAGCAACGAGAAAGUAAUCCUUCUUCGUACCGUAAAAUACGAAAGGCAGAUCUACUAAUCGAAUUGAUGCAUUAAUUACAUCCACAAGAGAUCUAAGUGCAUAUUACAGUGAAUUUGAAAUGCAUAAAAGGCUAAACGACCGGAGUCAAGCUCGAAAAAAGUUUGUAAACAUGGCGCCCUAGCAACCGGCGGCUUGUUGUGGAGCCUUGUCACAAAUUUACUGAACUAUAUUCAUCCGCAGUCGUAAUCGUUAAAAGAUAACCAAAAUCAAAUUUGACGAUCAAAAAAAUAAUUCCAAAGCCAUAGUGUUACUAAGAGACAGAAAUAUGCGCGUGGGAAUGAAAAUACUUUGCAGUAUUCCCCCAAGCCGGUCGGACUAUUUUCAUCAACCACAUCACUCCUAUUUUCAGCUCAAUUAAAAGAUUGCGCGGGUCGAAUGAGUUGAAGAUUUCGCACGAAGGAGAAGAUGGACUUGUAUUUAGUGCUGUAAAUAUAAAUAUUUUGGACCCAACAUGGCUCUAGACGACGUACGUUUGGAAUGGAUGCGAGACAAAGUCUACUCAGGUCUGGACAUCGAAGAUCCGGAGAUUUUCGAGGAACUCUUGAACCGAGAAGAUGGCGAGUACGAAAGGAAGAUUCUGAAGUUUUUGAACGAAAGUCCCGAGAGCGGGACUCCCACAGCCAUUCUGUUCUACUGUCAAACUCAAGAGGAGGAAGAAGAGGUGGAGGUAGAAUGUGAACCCGAGGUUCCAGAUAUCCCUGUAGAUGACGGCGCGGCUGGCAGUGAUGACGAUAAGAGAAGUGGGGACGGGGAGGGAGAGGGGGAAGGGGGUGUCAGCAGGGCAGAGGGGGACGCAGGGGCGGACCCAGGGGCCACAACACCCGCCGCACCACCCGCAGAGGGUGAAGCAGAUCAGCCGGCAGGGACGGAAGGUGCCACUACCGGAGGGGAGGGGGAGGAGGGUGGUGAGGAGGGACAGGAAGGGGCAUCAUCAGCCACACCUGAGGUGGAGAUGCCCAAGUCCAGACAAACAAAAUGCUGCAGCUAUUAUUGCCAGGAUUAG